AUGGCGGAAGAGACUCGCCCGUCCUAUCUAUCACCCAACGGUGCCCCAGACGCAGCAUCCAAAUCCGACGCGGCCCCGCGUUACCCCUCGUCAGGGUUCACAGGCUUUUGUAAUGGGUUUCCCGAUCCCUUCACUUGGGAAACAUAUUACGCCCGCACAUUGGCACACAUCGCCAACCCCGCAAACCACGAGCAAACCGCGCCGAAAGAAGACGAUGAAGCCGGUUCAGACGCAGAAUCAGACAUAAAUGACGAAGACGAUCCUGGCACUUCCUGGUUCUCAGAGCACAACGCCCCGGAAAAGGUCCUUCACUUUCUAACGCAGUCGUCCUUCCCGCUCUCCCCACGGAACACGCGCACGUCGAGAAUUCAACCAAGUGUCCUGGACCUGGGAACCGGAAAUGGGAGCAUGCUUGCUCUUUUAAGGAAGAGAGGUGGAUUUUCGGGAGACCUAGUUGGGGUAGAUUAUUCGGCGCAAAGCGUCGGGCUUGCAAGGGAAUUGCAGAGAACGAAAGGACAUUCUGCCUACCAUUCUGAUUCCGAGGAUGAAGACUCUGAAGACGAAGGAGAGGAACAGAGCCAUGCGCAGACGCCAACCGAGCCGGGAGAUAUUCAUUUCGAGGAAUGGGAUAUCCUCGGCUCUACCGCUCUCCUUUCUUCGGAUGGAAAGCCUGUCUCUGCAUCUGCGAACGACGAGACCCUUUCCUGGUUCCCUUAUUCGCGAGGCGGAUUCGACAUCGUCCUUGACAAGGGGACGUUCGAUGCUAUUUCUCUAGCAGAGGAUGCGAAAGAGACUCGUGUUUGUGAGCGGUAUCCUGAUAUCGUGCGUCGAUUGAUUCGGGCUGGCGGAUUCUUGAUUGUCACCAGUUGUAAUUGGACGGAAGAGGAGUUGAUGCAUUGGUUUACUGGCGCUGGAGCCGAGACUGGCAGCUCAGAUCGGUUUAAUGUUUGGGGUAGGGUUGAAUAUCCGCGUUUUCGGUUUGGGGGGCAGGAGGGACAGGGAGUGUGUACAGUCUGCUUCCAGAGGGUUCUGUCAUAA